CAGGGACUCUCAGGUCAUCGUUCAGAGGUUACAUCCGGGCAAGUCGAGUAAAAAUAAAGGCAGCCAUUUUUGGAAUAAUGGCCUAAUAGAAAACGCGCUUGAAGUUUGGCACUUUUUUUUAUCGCAAAGUGAAUGCCUAAAAUACAAGGAUUCUUUAAUUUAUCUGAUGCAGCUAGAAGAAUAAGUUGACAAACUGUUUCCUGGUUGGCGUAUUUUGCUAUCAAGGCCCGGAGACGACUUCAAAUGGUGUGAACUUGAGGAACGAACGUUAAAUGUUGGCGUGUUUUUGCUUUGAACUUCAGUUGUUGAAAACAUUGCUGUCAUGAUGUUGGACUACCUUUUAAAAGUCACUUUGAUAACAAUUCUUCCGAUAGUUUAUUCAGGUAUUCUUGUCGACAGUCAAGAGAAUACAUGGUGUAAAUAUUACAAUACAGAAGACUGUGACAAAGACCAACAUGGAUGUAACGCAUCACAGCAAUGUGAAUAUGAUCGUAUUGGUCCCUCUGAACAUUGCUUUUCGUUGUGGGGGAAUAAUUCUGGUGUAAUCGAGUUAAAAAAACAGGGAUGUUGGAUCAACAGUGGUGAUGGUCAAUGUGGCGAGUCCGCAAGAUGUGCCGGAAGCGUGGACGAGAACGACCUUUAUUUUUGUUGUUGUCGUGGUCAUAUGUGUAAUGUCGACUUUUACUAUGAAGAGAGAGAAGAGGUCACAACCACAACGAUAGUGACUGUAUCUGGUCCUAUCGUAUACCAACAUGGCAGUCUAUUUAACACAAUAAUGUACUCGUUGCUGCCUAUAAUGGGACUAGCGUUGGUGAUUUCGGUGGCAUACUGGAUAUACAGCCAUCAUAAAGAAACGACACACAUACAGAUCCCAUUGCAAGAUCCCAGUCCUUUACCGUCGCCAUCGCCGCUUUUAGGAAUGCGGCCGCUGAAACUUCUAGAAGUAAAAGCAAGAGGUCGAUUUGGAGCCGUCUGGAAAGCUCAGAUGUUGAAUGAAGUCGUCGCUGUUAAAAUCUUCCCAUUGCAAGAUAAAGCAUCGUGGUUAAAUGAGCAGGAGAUCUUCAAUUUACCGUAUAUGCUCAACAACAAUCAUGUACUGAAUUAUAUCGCCGCGGAAACCCGUGGAGAAAAUAUAAAUCAGGAAUUCUGGUUGGUGAUGGAGUUCCAUCCACACGGGUCAUUGUGUGAUUACCUGAAGGCUAAUCUAAUUACAUGGAGUGAACUUUGUAAAAUAGGACAAACAAUGGCACAAGGCCUGUCUUUUCUCCAUGAGGAUAUCCCAGCAACAAAAGACAGUAGAAAUAAACCAGCCAUAGCACACAGGGAUUUUAAAAGUAAAAAUGUACUCGUACAGAACGAUUUAUCAGUGUGUAUUGCUGACUUUGGUUUAGCUGUUAAAUUUGAACCAGGUCAGAGUCCAGGGGAAGCACAUCCACAGGUGGGCACAAGGAGGUAUAUGGCUCCAGAAGUUUUAGAAGGGGCGAUUAAUUUUCAACGAGAUUCGUUCUUGCGUAUUGACAUGUAUGCAUGUGGAUUGGUACUCUGGGAGUUAGCGAGUAGGUGUACUGCUGCUGAUGGUCCUGUGGAUGAAUACAUGUUACCGUUUGAAGAAGAGGUUGGACAAGGUCCUACACUGGAACUCAUACAAGAUGUGGUAGUUCAUAAAAAGAUGAGGCCUCAGUUCAGGGAACAUUGGCAAAAAAAUCCGGGUUUGGAAGCCUUAUGUUCGACAAUUGAAGAGUGUUGGGAUCACGAUGCAGAAGCCAGACUAUCUGCUGGAUGUGUUGAAGAAAGAAUAUCUCAGUUAAGACGUGCUUGUGAUGUAUCUACCUCGACGCUACAAUCUGUGACGUCAUCAAAUCAACCUCUACUCCCAAAAGAAGCCAAGGAAUCAAGUCUGUGAAUUGUUGUCAUGGAAACUCUAUGGGAGACCGUAAUUGGAGACAUUAUAUUGCAGCACAAUUUAAAUGUGUGUUAUUGUGCUGUGGUUGAUAGGCGCUGUUAAGUUUACGGAUGAAAUUUGGGUGUUCAACGAUAACGAGCAAGCAAGUAGGGAGUGAUAAACACUGUUCUGAUGAAAUUCGGAUUUUGAACAUUAACAAGGAAGCAGGACAUUAUAAACGCUGUUAUUCUGAUGAAAUUUGGGUGUUCAACGCUAACUUUGGAGCAGGUCAUUAUGAACAAUGUUACUGUUCAGAUGAAAUUUGGGUGUUAUUGGGUGGAAUUAUAAAGAAUGUUUCUGAUGAAAUUUGGCAAUGCUGAAACCGAAUGAGAUGCAUAAGCUAUGAAAAAAGUAUGUGUCCAUUGUGUGUAUUCACUACGCUAACUAAAUAGUAAACUCCAUUCUCCAAUCUUUGUCAAAAACUGUUGGAACUAAAAAAUCUUCUGAGUGUGUUCAACAAGUUGUUGCACGCUGUUGAUUUUUGAACAAGAUGUUUCACUCCUUAGUUUACUGUACAAGGUGUUGGACUCCUUAGUUUACUGAAUAACUUUUAACUUUGGGCAUACAUGUCCUGAAAAUUACCCAGAAAUCAUGUCUUAAUAUCAUUAAAAUUAAAUUUGACAGAACAAUAAUUGAUAUACAGGUUACCUGGCCUAGUACUACAACAGAUUGUUCACAGCUUACCCACCUCACUGCACCCAGGACUAUGUAUUAUUUACAGUAGGAUUAUUCACUAGCAGUUAUAGUCAUGUGACCUCGACAUGUGCCUGAUUGGUUACAAGAUUAAAAAUAUGAAAGAAUUACAACAGACCUCAAUGGACUAUAUCAGCCUAUAUUAAUGUUUAAAGUUUCCAUUAAAAGAAAAGUGACCACAUAUGGACAUGUUGCAGUCACAUGACUCACCGUAAUGGCACUAAUCAUGUGUGUGUUUGUAGUUUAUUAUAGUUGAUUUGUAAAAGAUGACGGAUAGUGGCCUUUUGUCAGUGGGACGGCUUUUAUCAGUUGGCAAAUAGUGAUAUUUAAUUCAGCUUGUCAAUUAACAUUCAGAGUCAUUUGUAUUGAGGGGGAGGGGACUUGAGGGGUGAGUAUCUGUAGUUGUACAGGGGGCAUUAUAAAGCUCUGAGGGGCAUUACUCCCAUAGCGUGUGUAAUAGACAAUUUUUUGU